UCACAGCUCGUCCUGUCACAGCCCGUAUUUUGAGUCUACAAAAAGAGCCGAAACAAAACUGAAAUGGAAAGCCAACGUAAUGCCGUCAACCACCGACGCGGAGCUCGUCCGAGCGUGGGCUAUCUGCUCUUCCAGUACCAGAGCGAGCUGACCCGCCGUCAUGCGGAGCCCACGCGGCUGUCCCGCACCAAGAUCCACAUAAUCGAUGGCCUGGUGUCCCGCACCAUCCGCCACAUGAAGCACUGCAGCAUGGAGGAUCUGAAGGCCUGCAAGAGGGAGCUCGUCUACAAGGAGCAGCUGCGCGAUCAGCUAAAGAACAUGCGACGCAAGCGUUCCUCCUCCGCCAACAACAUCAAGCCUAGUGCCAACACAUCCGCCCCCGUUGUGAGUGUCAAGGCGCCAAGUACUCCACCGAAACCCCGAUCCUCCACACGAGAGUUCUCCAAGAUGGACAUCAUCGGACCGGAGAUCUUCGUCUAAGUUUGACUUAAUCUAUUGCAAUUUUAAAUUCACUAGUUUAACACGAAUUCCUUAACUCCUUAAUUGUUGACGAUUAAAAAUCAUAGAACAU